AUGGGUGGUCAAGUUUCCAAGUUGAUGGGGAAGAUCUUCGGUACGAAGGAAAUGCGGAUUUUGAUGUUGGGUUUGGAUGCUGCUGGAAAGACCACAAUUCUGUACAAACUGAAGCUCACGAACCAGGAGGUUACUACCAUCCCCACUGUCGGCUUUAACGUCGAAAGUGUAACCUACAAGAAUGUCAAGUUCAAUGUGUGGGAUGUCGGUGGCCAGGACAAGAUCCGGCCACUAUGGAGACACUACUAUUCCGGAACGCAAGGCUUGAUCUUCGUCGUUGACUCCAGCGACACGGCCCGGAUGGAGGAGGCUCGUUCCGAGCUUCACAAGAUCAUCAACGAUCGCGAAAUGAAGGAUGCUCUUCUCCUGGUGUUCGCGAACAAACAAGAUAUUCAAGGCCAUAUGAGCCCCGAAGACGUCACCAAUGCGCUCCAACUUAACAAGCUAAAGGAUAAGCUAUGGUAUGUCGCGCCUAGCGUUGCUACCGAGGGUACUGGUAUCUUCGAAGGACUUGCUUGGCUUUCCAACAACGUGAAAACACCGGCCCAAAAAUAA